CGAUCGCAAACGACGAUUAGCGCCUAUUUAUUUUGUUGCGGCCGUCUGACGAACUAGUCCGCAAACGCCGGCGAUCGACUUCCUGCUUUUGGCCCAAUCGAAGUCACUUCCGUUUUCCUCGAGGCCACCGACGCGAGUGAAACAUGGCCGGCGGCAGCGCGGACGUGCAAUUUGGCGUCCGCGCCUUCAGCAAGAUGAUAAUGCAUUGCCUCAAGUACCCGCAGAGCUCCGUCAACGGCGUGCUGCUUGCCGACGAACGCCGUCGCGCGGGCGACCAGCCAUCGUCGCAACUGCACAUCAUAGACAGCGUGCCCCUGUUCCACCAGUGCCUAGGACUGACUCCGAUGCUUGAAGUGGCGCUCGUACAAAUUGACCAGCACUGCAAGAACGCGGGCCUGGUGAUCGCCGGCUACUACCAGGCCAACGAGCACCUCAGGGACUCGGCGCCCGACCAGAUCGCGCUGCGCGUCGCCGACAAGGUGGCCGAGAACUUCGCGGACGCCUGCCUGGUCAUGAUCGACAACCAAUUGGUGUCGCUGGACUGCGACAAGGCGCCCGUCGUGGUGUACGGCAGUCAGGACGGUCGCUGGCGCGAGAAACCGUUCGCGCUGGCCGAAAAGACGCUGGGCGUGACGGCGUCUCUACUUCGGGCCAAGGCGUACCGCGCGCUCGCCGACUUCGAUAACCACCUGGACGACAUCCGACGGGACUGGUGCAAUCACGAGAUUAACGAGGAGAUCGCCAGGUGUCUCUAGUUUCCGCACGUGAAGUUCGCGACGCCACCACCAGACGUCCCUAGUUGUCUGCAGUGGCUAGCAGAAGCGACUGCGUGGUUUCAUAGGAACAUUUUCGUCUUUUUUUUUUCUUUCGCCGAUGUUGGUGGUGUUGGGGCAGGGGUCAAAGCACGGAAUGUGACACCAGGACUGCUUUCGUUGUACGUUUUUGUUUCUCUGUUGGGAGGACAGCUUGUGGAGCGUCGCGUUCAACAUGGUAACAUUUGCUCGCGCGCAACGGCGGGUACGGUGUGAAUGGCUGUGGUUUCGAUUCCGUCUGCAACUUGACCCGGCGACGGAGCGGCAUCUUCUCGCUGGCGUAGCGUAAAGAUGACGCCCGAGUACGUAAGUGUAAAGAACUAAUAAAGAGUACUAAAUAAAUUAUCACUUUAACCGCAUUGAACGAAAGUGUAGUUUUAACCUAUUCGCAUCUACUGGCACUGAAACACAGACUUGGUAGCAAACUUGAUUGAAAGCGCCUCUAAUAAGUUGCAGACGAAUUUCCAUUGUCAUGGGGACCCAAAGAACAAUUUUUGCACACUUGGUGCAAUUCAUGUCCACAGUUGUCUACUUGCUGCACUUGUACAGCUCUGCCCGGAUCUGUUUAUUGUCUGUUGAACUUUUGUUGUUUUCUUAGAUAACUUGUUUGUUUUGAGAGAUGAUUAAAAUGAUUGGCACUGCUA